AAUGCAACCAUGGUCGUUCCAGAUAAUUUCCAAAUCUUCAAACCUACUGGCUCUACUCUUUUGAAACAUACAGGCACGGCUACAAUUGCAUACGGAGUUCUGCAAUACCAAAUGAGAGCGCUACCAUUACUCCGGUUAGUCCUGUCGAAUCUUCCAUCUUGGCAAGGCAAUUUGGGGGGUUUUCAAGGAAGUAAGCUUUUCCGGCUAAGUAAGCGCACGAUCGAUGACGGAAGAGAACGCCACGAACACGAUCCCUUGCCGGAAAUAAACGCCACCAAAUACAUCCCGUAGUGCCGCCUUCCGACGGUCCGUUCAACAGCGUGUGAACAAGCGCGACACAAUGGUAGCAACAGAACAGAGAGAGGGAUAUAUCCAUAGAUUUUUGAGGAUUCUGCGAUGCUGCCCGAUACAUCUGUUAUGGCCGAGGACUAUAUAUCCACAGCGCAACCUUCUGCACCUUCUCUGGUACGUGGAAUACAAAAAACCGGAUACUCGACUAUGCCCUACUCUACAAACAAGUUAGUGUUGUUACGUGCGGGGAUGCUAAUACUGGGACUAUGGAGGGGUGCGCAACCUUACCAAACUGCUGCCGGCUUAGCCGACAGCAGACGCGGCGGGGGUUAGCUCCAGGAAAAGAAGUGAUGGGCGACUAAUCCCUAACAUAUACGAGAGAAGAGUGCGAGUCUUUACUCUUCUUGCCGAACGGAUCAAGGGAUAAACCAUCCAAUUACCUUGAUCCCAAUGGCAACGUCACCUUGUUUUGCUACUAGUCGAGUUAUGCAUCUGUGCUUAUUGAACCCCACAGCUCUUUGGAGCCGAUAUGUUCAAUGAUCAUGGCCACAAAACGAGCAGUGCUGUGAAUGGACAUGGCGCGGAGGAUUAUGCUGAUCGAUCCCAAUAGCUGAAGGCUCGCAUACAUUUAAGUGGGUUCCAAACCAUGGAGUCGCUGCCACCUUCAAACCUCCGCGGUGGGGAGAAUGCAACCAUGACCCUUUGACGGCUCCGUGGUAACGCCGUCCAUGACGAGUGGCCAAAAAACGUGGAUGGUGGGCUAAUCCCCGCCAAGCGGGGUCUAUCAAUCCUACCCUCUCCCCAGUCCCCCUAUUGUGUUGGAGUACGGGGGAAUAGCGUCCGAGCAGAUCAUCAGGUGAACUUCCAUACCAGGCGCGUAGUGGCCGACUUGUUCAGAACAUCGGUCCUAUUCGACUUCACACCUGACGCGAUCCCCACAUCUCCACAGUCUCCAGCUCUCGCAUUUUUCUCAUAUAACCCCAGCUUCCCCUCAUCCUCGCGUGCCUCUGAUCUUUUUUCUCCCCCACGCUUCCGAGACUCUUGAGGGGUUCGAUUCCGCUGUAAGAGAACACAAAUACGCUGAACUGCGUUCGCCGUUUGGAUUCUCCAAAAUGUAUACCGUGGGCAACAUCUACGUGAUCACGGCCGUCGCCGUUAUUGGCGGUGGUCUGUUUGGUUUUGACAUUGCUUCCAUGUCUGCCAUUAUCUCUACCGAACCAUACUUGUGUUAUUUCAAUCAAAUUCAAGGAGACGAUGUCAACAAGUGCUACGGUCCUAAGCCAGAUGUGCAAGGUGGUAUUACUGCUGCCAUGCCUGGUGGCUCUUGGCUCGGUGCUCUGAUCUCUGGUUACCUCUCUGAUAAGCUUGGCCGCAAACGUUCGAUUCAAGUCGGUGCAAUUAUCUGGUGUAUUGGUUCUAUUAUUGUCUGUGCCUCGCAAAACAUUGCUAUGUUGGCUGUUGGCCGUAUUAUCAACGGUUUCUCUGUCGGUAUCUGCUCCGCACAAGUGCCUGUAUACCUCUCCGAAAUUGCUCCACCUUCGAAGCGUGGCCGCAUGGUGGGGUGUCAACAGUGGGCAAUCACUUGGGGUAUCAUGAUCAUGUUCUAUAUAUCCUACGGCACUGCUAGUAUCAAGGGAACGGCAGCUUUCAGAAUCCCGUGGGGUCUCCAGAUGGUCCCUGCCAUCCUUCUCUUCGUCUUCUUGCUGUUUCUGCCAGAGUCUCCUCGUUGGCUCGCACGUCAGGACCGCUGGGAAGAGGCGCGCAACGUCCUUGUUUUGGUCCACGCGAAGGGAGAUGUGGACAGCCCAUUCGUCGCCUUGGAACUUGCUGAGAUCAAGGCCACCGUCGAUUUUGAGCGCCAAAACGCUGACGUUACAUAUAUGGAGCUUUUGAAGCCCGGCAUGAUCAACCGUACUCACGUCGGUAUCUUCAUGCAGAUCUGGUCGCAGCUGACGGGUAUGAACGUCAUGAUGUACUAUAUUUCCUAUGUCUUCACAAUGGCCAACGUCGGCUCUGCCGUACUGCUUUCCUCGAGCAUCCAGUACAUCAUCAACGUCGUCAUGACCAUCCCCGCCCUGAUCUGGGUCGACAGAUGGGGUCGCCGCCCAACACUGCUUGUUGGCGCCGCACUGAUGGCAACCUGGAUGUUCGCCAACGCCGGUCUCGUGGCGACCUACUCCCGCGCUCCCCGUCCCGGAGAGUUUGAUAACGCUGCUGAGAGCUUCAGCAUUUCCGGCAAGCCCGCCACCGCUCUCAUCGCCUGUACAUAUCUUUUCGUAGCCUCUUAUGCGCCUACUUGGGGGCCCGUUUCCUGGAUCUACCCACCCGAGCUGUACCCUCUCCGCGUUCGUGGAAAGGCUGUUGCGCUCGCGACCAGCUCUAACUGGGCUUUCAACUUUGCGCUCGCCUACUUUGUGCCCCCGGCAUUCGCGAACAUCACCUGGAAGGUGUACAUACUGUUCGGUGUCUUCUGCACCGUCAUGUUCAUCCACGUCUUCUUCAUGUUCCCCGAGACGGCCUCUAAGACUCUGGAGGAGAUUGAGAACAUCUUUGAUGACUCUACCCCUGGCGCCCUGCGUCUUAUUGGUACCCCGGCGUGGAAGACCCGUGUUAACAGGGAUAUCCACCAUACUGAAAGUGGUAACGUUGACCCGGACAAGCUUGCUACUCUGAAUGCGUACCACGCCGAGGACAAGACUGCUGGUCUGUCUGACGAGGCUCCAAAGGUCUAAACGGUCAUGGCUGGCUUUAGUUAGCCUUGAAUGGUGUAGUGGAGAAGGUGCUUAAAAGAGGAGUAACAGAGGGCUGUAGAGAAGGAUGUUGAAUACCCUAGAAUGCCGUGAAAUUGAGCGGUCGUAGCUCAAGAAGCCCAUUUAAUACGUAGGGAUAGCUAUGCGCCUUAAUGCGCUUGCCUGUCAUUUACAAAAUGCAAAUGCCAUAUCUUUUUUUGAGCUUUGAAUCUGUCUUGUACGUGAGAUAUCACACAAACCUCCCAUAUCGAAUUCUCAUGCAGCCCGAUUUUGAUAUUCGAGCAAACCCUCCACGUUCCCAUCACAACACAGCACAGCAGAUCUUCCAUUUAGCCGU